CAAGACGCCUGAUGGGUCUGGGGCUGCUCCAGGUCUCCUCUACGGCUACGCGCCAGAUUUUCGGCGGCCAGGCAGGGCCCCCUGCUGCCCGCCGGCUGUGCAUGCAAGAAGGAGGACGAGCGGGCGGGCUUUAGUUGAGCGAGGCGGUGCUGACUCAGCCUGGGCCGAAGGAAGCGCAGGGCAAUGGCGCUCAGCCCCCCCGAGAGGCAGCCGGGCCCGCCCGAGCCCCCGCACCCGCCGCCUCCACAGCAGGAGGGCGAAGCGGACGCCGAGGCAGACCUCGACCCUCAGCAACUGCGCGGCCUGGAGGAGCCAGAGUCCGGCGGGAUCCCGCUGCACUCGCCCUGGACCUUCUGGCUCGACAAGUCACUUCCUGGUACCACAGCAGCUGAAUGUGCAUCAAAUUUAAAGAAAAUCUACACAGUGCAAACUGUACAGAUCUUCUGGAGCGUUUAUAAUAAUAUUCCUCCUGUGACAAACCUGCCUCUGAGAUGUAGUUAUCAUUUAAUGCGUGGAGAAAGACGGCCACUUUGGGAAGAGGAAAGCAAUGCCAAAGGAGGCGUGUGGAAAAUGAAGGUCCCCAAAGACAGUACGUCUGCAGUUUGGAAAGAGUUACUGCUAGCUACUAUUGGGGAACAAUUUGCAGACCGCUGUGCAGGAGGUGAUGAAGUAAUAGGGGUUAGUGUCAGUGUUCGUGACCGAGAAGAUGUCGUACAAGUUUGGAAUGUAAAUGCAUCAUUAGCAAGUGAAGCUACAGUUUUAGAAAAGAUCUAUGAACUUCUGCCAGAAACAUCUUUUAAAGCAGUUUUUUAUAAACCUCACAAAGAACAUCAUGCUUUUGAAGGCGGACGUGGAAGACAUUAACGAUAAAGAACUCAUGUUUUGUGUUUGUAUUUUUGACAUUAAAAUGGGAAGAUGGACAAAACACUUGCAAAAGCAUCACAAGCCCUGGUAUUUUAGAUCUUUCUAUUCCUGUUGAUCUGCUGGUACUCAAAAGCGAGGAGAAUUGUUGCCUCAGUUGCUGAUCCCCCCCCCCCCCUUUUGACUUUGACACAUGUCACUGUUUUUCUUUAAACUAUUUUAGGGGUUUUUGUUUUUGGUUUGGUGGGUUUUUUGUUUUUUUGAAAAAGUAGAAGACUUUACAAUUGUGUUUAAGUAGUUACUGUACCUAGUUUAAAUGCAAAUAUGCACAGGCAUGACAUGCUGCUUUUUCUAGAUUUGCUGUACUUAGAGGAAAUAAUAGCUUUGCAAACCAUAUUGUUUGUAAUAUUUGCUUUGAGACAUUCCUAUCAUGUUAAGAUCUACUCACAGAUUUGUCCCGAGAGAGAUUGAAAUUUGCACUGUGUUCUAAUGUACAAUGGGAGAAAUCCAAUAAUGGGAAUCCUGUUCAGGCUCCAUUGAAAUGAAUGGCGUCUGCACAGCAGCUGUGCUGAAUGGAUUGCUUCCAGUGUCAUCUGCCUAUGCACUGAUAAUAUCCUUGCUGUAAAACAAGUUCUAAUAAUCACUGAGCCGAGCGCCUGUAAAUGGAGAAUACUCUUCUGUUGUGGCUAACUUCAAAUCCUGGGGAUUCUAGCCUCUUAAACACUGAGCUGGUUCACACUUGAUGGUGGUCCCUGUUGGGGUAGGUGGGUGGUUGGGUCAUUGACAGGAUCAAAGCCGAGCAGACUUAGGUGGAAGCAUGGUUUCUGUGGUUAUGUAUCUGCUCUAAUUUCUGUGAUCAUAGCAGCACUUUUUUCAAGCAGCUGCAUUCGUGUUAAUUGUAGUGUGAAGGCCACCUUCAAGUGUGGAGUGGCCCAUUGUUAAUCAUUGUUUUCAAUGUUAGCUGUUUGACAGGAACACCGACUUAGAAAAAUGAGUAGUAUUUCAAUAGGAAACCAUAAGCCUUUUAUGCUAGAGGUGGCUAAUUUUGAUCAAUUUUGUUUUGUGUAAGCUCUCUUUAAAAAAACAAAACCCAAAAAACAAAACCCCCAAAACACUUGUGUUCUCACUCAAAAUAGGAAGCUUCACAUGUCCAUUUAAGCACACUUUAUAAAAACAGAUCUUCCCUUCCAACCCUACCACUUCACUGUGAUCAUAUCAGAAGUGUCCUGCAUCCAUUAAGGUUAGCAUCACAUGCAUCAUAAUUUUAUUGUAAACAUAACCAAUUCGACUGUAUCUAGUUGCAAGCUAUGACAACGCCUUAAGUAAGUGGCACUUUUUUUUUUAUGUAGAGAAGUCAGCUAAACUUUUGAAGCAUGAAUGUGAACAUUUUCGACAUUAGUUUGUGUCUGGAUUUCUCCCCAUUCUAAUUAUUGGAGGCUUCAUUAUAUUUUUAUUACAGUACCAAAGAUUUAUUUUGUUCGAGUAGCAGGGAACACUCAUCCCUCUAAGGCAGCAUUACUGGAUUAGAAUUAGUGUUUGGAAAUUUGUUAUGACUGCACUGAUAUUGACCCAUUUAAUUUGACAUGAGGUGGCCAUUGGAAUUAAUGCAUUUAUUAAAAUCAAUUUCCCCUUUUUAAUUUUUGUACUAGUUCAUCUGUAUUUAUGAAUUUGUGCAUUUAACAAGCAUUAUUAAAUAAAAAGUUUUAUAAACUCA